AUGAACUCUACUUCUCCAAUCGACACGAUUGAAGAUGGCACAAACGAAGCUGCGUCAGAGUGGGCACACCAAAAUGGGGACUCUGUUAUUCCUAUAGAGAAGAAACUCGACAAUUCAACAGGAUAUCCAGCUCGCCCGAUGAUGGGUAAAAGAAAGGCCAAAAGGAAAGAUGAUAGUCCUCUGGAUAUCAUUUGCAGACAUGUUGUGGACCAUCAAACUGGACUAUCUGUCAAUCUUUUGAUGCUCCUUUCCUUGACGCACAUGUGCUUUCCAAGAGCCCGCAGACAUACUCGCAAAUUCUUCGAACUUUCCUACUACAAUCCGGAAUCUGGCGAGUAUUGCGCCGGUUGGAAUGAUGCUUGGCUAGUGUUCUAUUGGAUUGUUAUCUUUACAGGACUUCGCGCUGCUUUCAUGGAUUAUGUACUGAGACCAUUGGCAAGAAAGGGUGGGGUGAAGACCGCAAGGGAUGAGACGAGAUUUGCUGAGCAGGCUUGGCUUAUGAUCUAUUAUUCUGUGUUCUGGACAUUGGGAAUGUAUAUAUACGUCAACUCAGACUACUGGUGGAAUUUGAGCGAGCUAUGGACUAAUUGGCCUAAUCGAGAGGUUGGUGGACUUCGAAAGUGGUACAUCCUCGUCCAAUAUGCCUUCUGGCUUCAGCAGAUUAUUGUCAUUAAUAUCGAGGCACGUCGAAAGGAUCAUUGGCAAAUGUUUACUCACCACAUCGUUACAACUGCCUUGAUUUUCACAAGUUAUGGUUAUCAUCAAACUAAAGUUGCAAAUGUAAUUCUUUGCUUGAUGGACGUAGUGGAUCUUUUCUUUCCAGCUGCAAAAUGUCUCAAAUACCUCGGAUACGAUAAAUUAUGUGAUUUUAUGUUCGGACUUUUCAUGCUCUCUUGGGUAACGGCCCGUCAUGCUUUCUAUCUUAUCAUCUGCUAUUCGGUUUGGGCGGAUAUCCCAAGGGUGAUCAAUUAUGGCUGUUACCAGGGUAAAAAUGGUUCUAUCUCAGGUCCUUUCCCGCCUCCUGAUCGCUUUGGACACCUCUUCAAGCCAUUUCAAGAUCCAGUCGGAGUUGUUUGUUGGAAUAACAACAUUAAAUGGGGCUUUCUUAGCGCCUUGCUUUUCCUUCAAGGUAUCACACUGAUGUGGUUCUGGAUGAUUGUUCAAGUUGCUAUCAAAGUCAUCAGAGGUGGCCAAGCAGACGAUACGCGAAGUGACAACGAAGAUGAAGAAGAGGAAGAUAUUGAUUUGGAUGAGGAACCCUUUCCCGAGGAAGUUCCGCUGUUGGAAAAAGAGCCAUAUGAGGAAGAAGUCGGCGUUGAAGAAUUGAAUCUGGAGAAAAGAACGUCGAAAAAUAGUCGUUAUAAGAAGACUACGAGUAGUGCCAGUGGCGUAAGCAUUCCCGGUCACAGUGAUAGAAAGGAAUUGCUGGGCAGGAUUGGUUGUGAUAAAGGCGUUUAG